AUGAAAACGAAAGCAAGCCAGCGAGAUCCUGACAAAUAUUGUCGAUACCAUCGCACACAUGGCCACGACACCAAUAACUGCUUCCAGUUGAUCACAGAGAUCGAAAGGUUGAUAAAAAGAGGGCACCUCAAGAACUUCGUGAGGAAACUAGAGGGACAGAGGCCUCAGCCCAAUCCGGCAGCACAAGUACCAAGGAAGACAGGAACUGGACCAGUGAAUGAUGGGACCAGUGGGACGAUCAACAUGAUUGUUGGGGGAAUGGGAGGUCGGAUGAGCCGUAGGGGAAAAAAGAGGAGUCGAGAGGGAGAAAGCAGCAGUGCCGAAAUCAUGCAGGUAGUCGAGCACUCUCCAGUAACCAUCACCUUCUCUCCGGAGGAUGCCCAGGGUGUUCAGAUGCCCCAUGACGACGCCCUUGUCGUUGAAGCCAUCAUUCACAACUAUCGAGUCAAGAAGAUUUUAGUGGAUGAUGGGAGCAAGGUAAACUUAUUACCCUACCGGGUUUUCCAAUAG